AUGGGUUCAGAGUUUGGUAUCACAAAAGAUACCAAGCCCGAGCUUCGGCUCGGUGCUGUGGGCAUCUUCUGGAUAGUCUUCGCCAUCACUUGGACUGUCGUCCUCUUUGGCGGCAUGGCCUUCCUCUGGAUUCGACGCGAGAUGCCCAUUCUGAGGAUCAGAGGCUUGCCGCUAUCCUUCGCAGCGAUAAGUCUGAUGCAUGCGUACUGGAUUGCUGUUCAACUUGGCUACUGGUAUGGGGCGUUGAUGCCUGAAGUCGCUGAGUUUUGGAUCAUGGGCAUCUGGUUCCCCUUUGGAAUUGCUCUGUUCCACGCCGCCAACAGCAGAUUCCUCUAUGUUGCCGACGCCCAGAAGAAGUUCAUUCAAAGGACUCAAACUCCGGCCCUACCUGUGGCCCGUGGAAAUCUUCUGGGCCGAUGGAAACAGUUGGAUUACAGCCGCCGAACACUUAUCCUGGUUUUUACUGGCAUGGCCCUUCACGCACUUAUCACAAUCUUCAUGUUUCUCAUCUCCCGCAAGUUUCACGACUCCUUUGGUAUCGCUGGCACUGAAGUCCACGGCAACAGCAUGGAGCGAAAGGCGGCUCAGGGCCGUGGCUGGGAGUGGUGGCCCUCUAUCUUUUGGCAAAUGUUCUGGGCCUGGGUUGUUGCUCCUUACAUCCUCUUCCGUGCGCGUAAACUCCGCGACACUCAAGGAUGGAGAUUCCAAACAAUUGCUUGCUGUAUCUCCAAUCUUCACGCUGCACCCAUGUGGCUGAUUGCCUUGUACGUUCCUGCAAUGGAGCCCGUCAACAACUACUUCAUUCCUCCACAGUGGAUCGCCGUCUCCAUUAUGCUGCUCGAAAUCUUCACCGUCUUUGUACCCAUCAUCGAAGUUUUCAAGCAACAAGGUCUGACUCAAGAAACUCUAAACUCCAUCGCCCGCUGGGAGUCACGAAAGAAGGGAUUCAGCGGCGCCGACAAAUCCAUCAACUCAGACUCGACAAGGUCCUCAUGGCGAAUGGGAGCAGCCUCUGUUCACACCAACCACAGCUCUAGCGGAAGCAUCUUAACCAUGGAGGCCCUUGAACAUACACUGUGCAAGAAUCCCGAGCCGCUGCAGCAAUUCUCGGCCCUUCGAGACUUUUCAGGAGAGAACAUUGCUUUCCUCACAAGUGUCAAGGAAUGGAAGGCCACCUACUUCCCCGCUGGCAAAUCAUCAGAAAAGGACGAGGGUCUAUCUGUCAAAGAGUUGCCCCGCGAGUGCUUCGAAAGCGCGCUCAAGAUCUACGUCGAAUUUAUCAGUGCGACUCACGCCGAGUUCCAGAUCAACCUCUCCUCCACAGACUUCAAGAGCCUCCAAGUCGUGUUUGAACACGCCGCACGUGUCAUCUGCGGCAGCGAACGCAGCGCCAGCACCGAUCCUUGCACUCCCUUCGAUGACACUCCCCACCGUGUUGACUCUGGGAGCACCCUCAAUAUUGUUCGCUACUGGGGCGAAGUCCCUCCCGAGUUCAGUGAGAAUGUGUUUGACGACGCCGAACUAAGCAUCAAGUACCUGGUUCUGACAAACACUUGGCCUAAAUUCAUCAAGGAGAGGAGAUCCUUUGAUAUGGCUAGCACUAUUGAGGCCGGCAGCAACUAA